CCGAGCGCUGCUGCGCGAAUGGAGGAAGCAGCUGCUGAUUACUGACGGGCUGCGUAUCUGAGGCGCAGAUCUGCCGACACGUGAACAGCGGGCUAAACUGCAGCAGCUCUGCCGCGCGAGGGAACGGAGCGACCGGCCGGCCUGCAGGAGAACCUCUUUGGUUUAAUGGGUCCAAUCAUUGGGAUGUCACCAGAAAAGAAGGCAGAAUCUCCAGCCGUGCUGGAGGAUAGAGUUGGCUUGCGGGGGUUGUGUGGGGUGGGUACGCUGCCCGAGGCCGAGUGUGCUUCUAGCCCUCUGGCAACCAGUUUAGACCGCACUUCGAGCACAGACGAUGAGGAGCUGACCAACCUCAACUGGCUCCAUGAGAACCUCCUGCAGAACUUUACACUCGGUGGACCAGUGGCCCAGGCCAGCCCCAGCCCACUCUUUGACAUUGAGGGUGAAUCCGCAAGCUUAGCUGCCUCAUCUGCCUCCUCCCUGUCAUCUGGUGCGGGAGACAGACACUCGCUCAAGUCCAAGCCUCCGUUCUCUUUCUCUCUGCUCAUUUACAUGGCCAUUGAGCAGUCCCCUAGCAAGUCACUGCCUGUGAAGGACAUCUACGGCUGGAUUCUGGAGCACUUCCCCUACUUCUCAAGCGCUCCCACUGGAUGGAAGAAUUCAGUACGCCACAACCUGUCUCUCAACAAGUGCUUCCGUAAGGUGGAGAAGAGCCUUGGAAAGGUAAACGGGAAGGGCUCUUUGUGGUGUGUGGACCCAGAAUACAGGCCUAAUUUGAUCCAAGCCCUGAAAAAACAGCACUUCCCUGCACCCCACGGCAUCUGUACACCUCCUGCUUCCCCACCUAGUGCCUUUUCGUCUUCCCGUAACCUAUUUCUUCAGGGCUGCUCUCUCAAAGAGUCUGACAUUGAUGCUGCCACUGCUAUGAUGCUCUUAAACUCUGCCCCUGGUCACCAGCACAUCGACCCAUGUGACCCUGACAGCCCUAUGGAUCUGUCCCGGCAUGACUCGGUCUUGGUAAGCAGCGACCCCAAGCAGGACCACAACUACAGCAGCUCCUCCUUUCAGCGCUGUUCCUCUCGUUCUUCCUCUUCCUCCUCUUCCUCAUCUCCCUCACUCUUCUUACUAGAAGAGGGUGGUGAUGGUGACUCUGCUCAGGUCCGGCGGGCCGGCAGCGAGGGCUUUCACAGCGACGAGGACUCAGAGGAGGAGCACAGAUCUCGGCCUGUGCUGGACCCCCGGCACCCAGCUAACCUCCAGUGCCCUCGUCCCUGCAAGAAGGCACGACGCGAGGCCAGGCCCGAGCUGGACGAGGAGCUGAAGGAGGCGGCCGGGUCCCUGCUGCACCUGGCCGGAGUCCGCACCUGCCUGGACCUGUCCAAACGAGCCUCAUCUGCCAAGAGCAAAAAGACUGUAAAACAUCAGAAAUGAGGCACAUUCAUACCCAGACAUUCACCCGUUCUCCGACCCCUGGACUGUAUCGCGGUGACUGUGCCUCUUCCUUUAUUUCCUGAUUAAUGAGGACCAUUUUUUGUUGUACGAUGCUCUUUUUAGUUUUUUAUUUCUGAUAAUCUCUUUUUCUCCCCAGCUCAAGCUAUGGCAAUAGUACCAUUCACACAGGAGAAACUAAGCCAUAUGAAACCGUUUGUGUGAGGGCAGAUACAAGUGAGAUUUUCACACCUGUUCUGAAAGUGGUGUGCGUUUCACCAGGCAAACAUGCACACUCCUCCCUCCCUUCCUAAAAGUCAAGGAUCAAGCUACUCAGAAUGGAGUUUUGGCAAAAGUACAGUUUCUUUCCUUCACUGUAACUUCUUUGCAUGCUUCCUCUUUAAAUCAGUGUCCUCCUUUUCUGAGUAAACCCGUGGUGUUUAUAGAGUGAACGAGUGCAUGUCUGAAACGUACAUGGAACUUACCCACUCAUUUGUCUCACUAUUGAAUUACUAAGCACUAGAAGACAAAAAACUCCAAAAAUAUCAUUCUGUCUUGUUUUCUCAUCAAACAUAAAACGAGAUGCAAUAAUUAUCAUCUGACCAUUUAUGUACCUGUUAACAUUUUUUCAUUUUCAUUGUUAAAUUCAUGGGUGAUCAUUUUUAUGCUUUGGUUCUCCUACCAGUGUUAAUAAUUCAGUGGGGAGGGAAGUGGUGUGAAUCAGGGGUGCAUUUUUGGGAUUUUUUUUUUUGGCUAUAAAGCUCAUCUGAUUUUCAAUUUGAUGACUCCUCAUCAAACAUCAAGAAUACUUUGGCAUGAAGUAAACGUGAUGGAAUUCCAGGACUGCCACUAUGAGGAUUUUACAAUUGAGAAUCUGUGCUAAGCUUAUUUAUUCUAGAGCCUGUUACCUUAAGAAAUGAUUUCACAUCAUUUUCAUGUGAACCUGCCUCUUUCUCUUCCACUGCCUUUUGACCACUGGUGUUUCUCUUUCUAUUCUUUCUCAGUGUUUUUUUGUGCAAACUGAAACUGAUCUUGGCAGCAAAGCAUUUUUUUCUGUUUACAACCUAUGCAAAAACAGUAGCCGGUGUAGCUAUGUUUGUGUAAAUAUGUGUACAGUAUGUUUAACAUGUAUUUUACUGCCAGUCCCAACCAAUGCACUAAUAGCAUCUCAUGCAUCUGAACCCAGCGGAGUUUACAUUUUUAGGUCAAAAAAUAUGCAGUCAUUUUGCAUAGAAACAGAAGAGCUUCUAUUAUCAGGUCCCUUUAAGACAGGCUACGGCCAGUUUAAAGCGCUUAUCAUUGUUUUGUUUUUUUUCUUGUAAAAAAGGGUAAAAAUGCAUCAAGCCUUCAUUUUGAUGUUGAUAAUGGUGAUUGUUUGCGCUAAGCUAAUUUGACUCUUCAGCACAUGAUGAUGAAACGUUACGGCUGCUUUACCUCUGAGGAACUGAAGAAGGAGAUCAGUCCCCAGGCCUGUGCUGUUUUUGAAAAUCAAAUUUAUUUGUCUUUAUUAGAGCUUAAGUUUCAAAGCAUAUAUAUUUUGUCCUAUAACCUAUAACCAAAUUUUCUUUUUGAGUUAUGAUUUCAGUAAUUGUUAAGAUGGCAGUAGUGCUUCACUACUACAUACAGAUUGUAGGAUUGAUCAAGUUAUUUUUAUCAGAUACCAUUAGAGUUUAUACACAGACAUUAUAGACUGAUUAAUUUAGUAGUGACCUUGUUUAAACACUGCCGUCAAGCCACUUUGUUAGUAGUAAGUCAAUAAUUUUAUAUGGUUACAUUUAUUAUGUUUUUAUGUUCCACUGUAAAAGUCUGUUAAUGGCAUCAUUAGCCACCAGAUGGCGUACUAAACACUGUGUUUAAAAGUAGUGAACUUAUUUGACAAUAAACUGGCUGAUAAACUUUACUCUGCUAUAGUAAAAAACUUGACAGACUGACUGCAUAAUUCAACAGGGUAGAACAUGCUAAACAUGUGCACAUGAUGGCCUAGAACACUGUUGCUGCCCUUGCUGUUUGUCGCAUUAAAAUACAGGUUACGUCCGUAUGCUGGAGGAUAGGACGAUAAUGUAUUCAUCAUGACGUAUCUGGUUCAAACUAAACUCAGAACUAGAUUGAGUUUCUAAUAUCCAAUAUGCUAACCAUUAAAAUCAGCUUGAAUGGGCUUGAUCCCAAUUCACUAGUUGGAUUGGAAUGUCCCUGAACUGAAGCUGCAGUAUAUGUGCGUUUAAGUUCAUUGCACAACACUGAAAUCUUUCAGUGAGUUUCAAGGGUGUUGUUCAAGUUGUUUGGCAGUAAUGGGCUAAAACAUCCGCUACAAUAGUGUUUAUGUAAUUCAUAGUUAAGGGUUAAAUUUGGUGAGUAUUUUUCACCAUUUUAUAAUAACAUAUUACCUUGAUAUUUGGUUGCAGGGAGAACAGGAAGCUGUGGAAAUCAUACUCGUUUGGGUUUCUUGCUGGAUGAGCUGAUAAUAAUACAGAGGUCACAGGGAUGGCUGAUCGUAUUAGUGUCUGAGUCUGAGGUCAGUACAGCUCUGUAAAUCACCGCUCUGUGGUUCUUGAUGUGCUGGUGUAGAACCUGACCCUUCAGGGAAGAACGCUUUUAAACAGAACUGUCUUCUCUAUAUUAAAAGCACUCAUUUCAGCGUUGUUAAGCCUAAGGCCAGUUGCAUAACCUGUGCCAAAUCGAUUUAAUCACUGCCACAAAAUGAUCUUUAAAUUUAGUUACUGAUGAUUGUAUUUGUUUCAAUAAUGAUAGAAAGAUGAAGAAGGAGCAUUGUCCAGAAUUUGCAUAUUCGUUCACUGGGCUACUCAUUUAUUAUUUAAUUUUAUGUUAUUUGCUUUAUUUUGUUUUCAGCUGCCAUUUAAAAUUGCCAAAAGCAUAGGAAGUCACUUUUAAAAAGUGUUCCUUGUUUAAAAGUGCCAGAUAUUAGAUUUCAUUCAAAUUUGAUUAAAGGAGUUGUGUGUGAGGACAGUGUGCCAACUGAAACACAGCAUAUAAUAACAUACAGUACAGAGUACGAGUGUGUGUUAAAGGGCCCAUGAUAACAAAGAAUACAUAGUCAGAUCAGCUCCACAAGUGUUCUAAUCUGAUCUGUUCAUAUCUUUAGUGAUCAGUCUGCACAUUUUGGCCUGGAGUGCUAUAUAUAGUUGCAAGGAAAAGCAUGUGAACCCUUGGAUUUCUGCAUAAAUUGGUCAUUAAAUGUGUUCUGAUCUUCAUCUAAUACACAACAAUAAACAAACACAGUCUGCUUAAACUAAUACCACACAAAACAGUAUAUGUCUGCAUGGAUUUAUUGAACACAACAUGUUAACUUUCACAGGUAAAACUACACACCAGUUUUGAGUUUGCUGUUCUUAAAAAGCAUUGGUUGAUGUGAAUCAUGCCUCACACAAAAGAGCUCUCAGAAGACCUACGUUCAAGAAUUUUUGACUUUCAUGAAGCUGGAAAGGGUUACAAGUAUCUCUAAAAGUCUUGAUGUUUAUGUGUCCACGGUAAGACAGAUGGUCUACAAAUAGAGAAAGUUCAGCACCCUUGCUACUCUCCCUAGGUGUGAUCGUCCUGUAAAGAUGACUGCAAGAGCACAGCGCAGAGUGAUCAAUGAGGUGAGGAAGAAUCCUAAAGUGUCAGCUGAAGACUUUCAGAAACAUCUGGCACAUGCUAACAUUUUUGUUAACAUAUCUACAAUGAGGAAAACAUUAAACAAGAAUGGAGUUCAUGGGAGGACACCACAGAGGAAACCACUUCUGUCCAAAAAAAACAUUGCUGCACAUUUAAAGUUUGCAAAAGAGCACCUGGAUGUUCCACAGCACUACUGGCUAAAUAUACUGUGAACAGAUAAAACCAAAAUUGAGUUGUUUGGAAGGAACACACAACUCUGUGUGGAGAAAAAAAGCACAGCACACCAUCAAAACCUCAUCUCAAUUGUGAAACAUGGUGGAGGGGGCAUCAUGGUUUGGGGCUGCUUUGCUGCCUCAGGGCCUGGAUGGAUUGCCAUCAUCAACACAUUUUUUUUUUCCAAGAUUAACAAAGACUAGCAACUGAAGCUCAACAGAGGACGGAUGAUGCAACAGAACAACGACCCAAAACAUAGAAGUAAAUAAACAAAUGAAUGGCUUCAAACUGAAGAAAAUACGCCUUCUGGAGAGUCCUGACCUCAACCCAAUUGAGAUGCUGUGGCAUCAUGACCUCAAGAGAGCGAUUCACACAAGAUAUCCCAAGAAUAUUACUGAACUGAAACAGUUUUUUGAAUAGAAAUGGUCCACAAUUCCUCCUGACUAUUGUGCAGGUCUGAUCUGCAACUACAGGAAACGUUUGGUUGAGGUUUUUGCUGCCAAAGGAGGAUCAACCAAUUAUUAAAUCCAAAGCUUCACAUACUUUUUCCACACUGCACUGUGAAAUUUAAUGUUGUUUCAAUAAAACCAUGUAGAAAUAUUUAUUUAUUGUGUGGUAUUAGUUUAAGCAGACUGUGUUUAUCUAUUGUUAUGACUUGGAUGAAGAUCAGAAAAUGUAAUCCAGAAAUCCAGGUAAUCCCAAAGGGUUCACAAACUUUUGUAUACAUUCCUUUGAAAGUUUUUAAGGUUUCCACGCUUUUCACAAUAUAUAUGAAGACACAGCUUCAAUUUAAAGGUUUUGAGAUGAAAUGUGGUGUUGCCCUCGUGUUCCUAAUCAAGCUGCCGGCUCAGUUUCAGUUUGUUACUGUUUCCCUGUCUGUCAGACAGACACAAUCUGUGUUUUAGUAUGCUUACCUCUGUUCAUAAAAUGUUUAUAAAAGUUUAUUUUCACCAAAGAUAUGCAAUUGCAUUAUAUAUGGUAUUACUGAAUAAAAUAUGUGCUUGUUUUA